AUGUUUCUAGUGACAAAGACAUUUUUAUGGUUAUUAUCCUCUAGUGAUUUCGCCAACUUGAACUGAAGUGAACACUUCUUAGAUAUUGACGGAAUGGCUUCUGGAAAUUUGGAAAUGGGGUUUAUCUUCCUCACUCAGACUAUAGUUGGAAUCCUGGGGAAUUCUUUUCUCCUCUGUUUGUACAAUUUCACCUUAUUCACUGGACACAAGUUGAGACCCACAGACUUGAUUCUCAACCAACUGGCUUUAGCCAAUUCCUUGGUUCUUUUCUUCAAAGGGAUACCACAGACUAUGUCAGCUUUCAGGAUGAAAUACUUUCUGGGUGAUAUUGGAUGCAAACUUGUCUUUUAUAAUUACAGACUGGGCACCGGAGUUUCCUUGAGCACUAUCUGUCUGCUGAAUGGAUUCCAGGCCAUCAAGAUUGACUCCAGCAUGUGCAGGUGGAUGGCACUCAAGUUUAGAUCCCUCAAGUUCAUCGGCUUCUGUUGUUUCCUGUGCUGGAUCCCACAUAUCUUUUUAAGUUCAUGUCUUCUUAGAAUUGUGAGUGGUCCAGUGAGUAACCAGAACUACAGUGGGAAAAAUAAUCAGGAAGACUGUUCUUGGCAAAUGCAAGGGAUAUUUAGCCCAUUAUACACAAUCCUAUAUUUUUCCUCUGAUUUUCUGUGUUUGGGCUUCAUGGUCUGGGCCAGUGGCUCCAUGGUCCUUGUCCUGCACAGACACAAGCAGCGAGUCCAACACAUCCACUGUCACAGCUUCUCCUCCAGAUGUUCCCAUGAGUCCAGAGCCACACGCACCAUCAUGAUCUUGGUGAGCUCAUUUUUCACCUUCUACUCAGUGUAUAAUCUCAUGACUGUUUGGACAACUCUAGUUGCAAACCCAGGCAGGUGGACAGUGAACACCUCUGUGCUUGUGUCCUCGUGUUUUCCUGCACUCAGCCCCUUGGUGCUCAUCAUCAGUGACACCCGUGUCUCUCAGAUCUGCUUUGUCUGCAGCAUGAAGAAGAAUGGCUUUGCAUAA